GCCCUCUUAGCCCGAAUGACAGCUGCACGUGUACUAACGUACAUUCCUUUAUGUUUCCGAGGUUUUGUCUCUAUAUCUCUCCUUCCUCGAAAUUUAUGUGUUUAUCGUGGAAUGUAUCGGUGAUUGGAGAAAGGGGAAAAAAUGCAUUUCAACCAAAUUGCCUUGACUGCAUUAGCAGUUCUACCUACCGCCAUCGGCGAGCUACACACAUCUUCGCGAUGGAUUCUCGAUUCAAACAACCAGCGCGUUAAGCUACGAUGCGUCAACUGGGCCGGACAUAUGGAGGCUCAUGUCCCAGAGGGAUUAAACAAGCAAUCAAUUGACACUAUUGCCGGCUGGAUCGCUGAUAAUGGAUUCAACUGUGUGCGUUUGACAUACUCGAUUGACAUGGCUCUUGAUCCGACACAGGCCGUCUCGGACUCCUUCGCCGCUGCCGGUACGGAAUGGGGUAUUGAAUCAAACAUGACCGAUGCAUACAAUGCCGCAGUCGUUAAAAAUCCGUUUUUAUCGAACGCGUCAACUGUAGACGUCUACUCCUCUAUCAUCGAUAAUCUUGCGAGCAAAGGCGUCAUGACUAUCCUAGACAAUCAUGUUUCCAAAGCUAGCUGGUGCUGCAACCUCACUGAUGGUAACGGCUGGUGGGAUACUGCAUCUGGAUAUAAUGGGUGGAACAGCCGGUUUUUUAACACCAGUAACUGGCUCGCCGGAUUAGAGGCUAUGGCAACAUUUGCCUUGGAACAUCCAGGCGUGGUCGCAAUGUCAAUCAGAAACGAGCUACGCCCCACACCCCUCUUACAAGAUCUUACGCAUGAUGACUGGUACAAUUAUGUCACCCAGGGUGCUCUGGCUGUACAUAAGGCAAAUCCGCACGUGCUGAUCAUCAUCGGAGGGUCGCAGUCUGCCACCGAUAUGUCAUUCAUCCGAAACCGUUCUCUUGAUUUCUCACAAUGGGCACGAAAGCAUGUUUGGGAAUUCCACUCCUACUCUUUCACUGUCACAUUCCCUGGGAACGGGGAUUGCACUGUGGCUAACACGGAGUACGGCGCCUUAGACGGAUUCGUACUCACUCAAAAUCAAUCAUAUACAGCACCGUUGAUACUUUCGGAGUUCGGCGUAGGUUUGACUGGCGGCCCGAAUUCUGGAUUGUCCGAUAAGGACAAUGCAUAUUUACAGUGUUUGGUCAAAUACAUGGAGUCGAAUGACGCUGAGUGGGCUGUCUGGGCUGUACAGGGCAGUUACUACGUUCGUGAUGGUAUUGUCGAUUAUGAUGAAAGCUAUGGACUACUAAAUCACGAUUGGUCUGACUGGAGGAAUGGAAACUUCUCGGGGAUGUUAGGACAGAUGUGGAAUGUCACGCAGGGCCCUUGA